UUUUUCUGCUCCUCAUGUUGGCAUGUCUGCAUUAAAGUGACGUUUGACAGGCUUACCAAUUUUUGACGUCAUCUUCAUCUGCUGUAGCCGCUCUAGGACCACACACAUUUCUCUUUUAUCCUGAAAAUUAUAUUAUUAAUGUUUCAAGAAUGCCAAUCACGCCAGAACAUCCAACCUUAAUGCCCUUUCAAGAUUCUCAACACAGUUGGACUGACGAUUUACCAGUGUGCAAGCAAUCAGGCGUAGGAUUUUCUACAAAUCAAAUCUAUCGAGAGGACGGAUGUCGACAAGAAGAGCAUCCCUUUGAAGAUCGCAGCUUUCAUUUUCGCUACGAUGAUUCAACAUUUCUUUACGGCGUUUUCGACGGUCACGAGGGAACCAAAGCUGCAAAUUUUGCCUUGCAACGUAUGGCUGCUGAAAUUUUAUUGGGACAGUUGAGUGGGAAAAAAACUGACGAAGAAGUUAGAGAAGUCCUUCGUCAAGCUUUCAUUGCUGUCGAAAGAGGAUACUUGGAUUCGAUAGGAGACAUUUUAGCUGAACGCGCUAGUUUACAGUUUGAUAUUCCCGAUGGCCUUAACUCGUACGAAACUUACCAAAAGUUUCCUCACUUGGUUGAUAAACUGAACGCCUUAAAUUGUGAGUUAUCUGCUGGAACGAGUGCAGUAGUAGCUUUAAUACAUAGUGGACGAUUGUACGUUGCUAACGUCGGAGAUAGCAGAGCUUUACUCUGCAAAACUGACAGUAAUCAAGUUUUAAGGGUCGUUCAACUCAGCAUUGAUCAUGAUUUGAGCAAUGAAGACGAAUUACUGCGAUUGUCUCGACUCGGUCUUGAUGACAAGUCCAUUCGACAAGGAUCCCAUCUAGGAAAUCAGGAAAACACCCGAUGUCUAGGAAACUAUUUAGUGAAGGGUGGCUAUAGAGAAUUUGAGGAACUAGCUCCAGCCAGUGUAGAACCAAUUAUCGCUGAACCAGAGAUUCACGGGGGGAUUGAGCUCGAUGAUUCCUGCAGGUUUUUGCUGCUCAUGUCCAGAGGUCUUUACAAAGCUUUGGAAGAGGCGACGAAAACAGAACAAGUCAACAAAGAACUUGCUCUUAUGGCAGUUGAACAGUUUCGUGUGCAGUCAACUCUAACAGGUGUUGCACAAGCCGUCGUCGACAAAAUAGUGAGAAUCCACCACGAUGUCAACAUGUGUAAUUCUCCAAGUAUAGUGACAAGUGGAAAACGAGAGGACAUAACUCUCUUGGUUAGAAAUUUCAAUUUUCCUCUCUCCAAUGCCUUGAAGAGUCCAACUUCUCCGUCUGUUCGAUUUGAUCCCGUUGUUCAAACGGCUCUAGUUCUUAAUUCGCCAGAUCAACAAGAUGGUUUCAGUACUGGGACUCAAAUGAUGAAUGAAAAUUUCGAUGCCUUCACCGCCACAACUUCCACGACUUCAGAUAUUUAUCCACCUGUUGCAGCCCCAGUGAAUAAAAACGCAAAGAUCAAACCUUACGUCGAUUUUUCUGAGUAUUAUCGCAACGUUGAGAGAAGACGAGAAGAGGGUACGUUACCGGCUGAUAUCGACUUUUGACUUGGGAGAUUUCUAUUUUUUAUCGUGUUUUAUACGAUUUCUAUGAAGACUGAAAUAGGGAUUAAUAACUUUAGAUCAAAGGAGUUUAUUUGUAAGUAGCGUUAAUUUUGCGUUUCACUUAAUGUUAGGUUAAUUUAACUUUGUGUUA